GGCAUCAUAUAUCCAGGCAGGACAAUACAGUCAAUUUGCUGUUGCCUCAUUGUAGCCUGGAGGCAGCUGGUCAGUGGUAAGCUUUGGGGACCCGAGGAUCAGACGAGGCCUCUCUCUGUCCAUCGGAGCCUGGUCAGCCAGUCUUUCUGUGUCUGUCUCACCGUGCAACCAUGGACGCCAGCACCACCAAGCUCAUCCAGCCCGCUACGGACCUCACCAUCACCCAGUUGAACCAGGAGUGUCUCCUCCACCUCCUCUCCUACCUGGAUAAAGACAGUUGUAGGUCUUUCUCCCUGACCUGCCAUCGGCUCAGAGAGGUCUACCUGGACCCCAGACUGUGGUCACUGCUCUUGUUCCACUCCCCCUCUGAGCUGAGGAGAGAGAACUAUGUGUUAGGGUCGUCGCUGCGCUAUCUGGCUGUCACCUGGCACAGCUCCAGGGUCAAGGUCUGUAACAUAGAGGACUGGAUGAAGAAUCAGUUCCAGAGGGAUCUCUGUAGUAAACAUGAGAGUCUGGUCAGCAGCUUCCUAGCACGUGUCUGUACCAUGUGUCCUAACCUGCUGUCCCUGACCCUGUCUGGCUGCGGGCAUAUCUCAGACCAGGAAGUGAUCUGUGUUCUGCAGAGCUGCAGUCGCCUCCGCUCCCUCCAUCUGGAGAACUGUGUCCGGGUCACAGACCUGACCCUGCAGGCCCUGGUGCUCCAUGGGGCCGGCCUCCACCAGGUCACAGUGGACUUCUGCCGCAACGUUACCCAGGCAGGGCUGGAGAUGAUCCGAGAAAGACGGCCGGACAUUAGGCUGACCGCCGAGAGGAGCGCAGGGAUGAUACCUGAUAGUAAACCGGACAAGAGGACGCAGCUACCACUCAGACGGAGACUUAUGCAGAAGGGCCUAAUGUUCUCCUGAUGAGGCUGUGUCUCUAUGGGCCCUGGUUAAAAGGAGUGCACUACAGGGGGAAUAGGGGGAGCUAUUUAGGAAUAGAGUGCCAUUUGGGAGACAAACCUACUGCUGCAGAAGGUCCUGCGGUUGUCAUGAUGAGAGGCCAUGGUUGUGUCCCAAAUGGCACCUUAUUCCUUAUAUAGUGCACUGCUUUAGACCAGAACCCUAUAUGGACUGCAGACUACUGCUGAAUGUUCUUCCGUUAUCCUGAGGACCAGAACCCAAUAUGGACUGCAGACUACUGCUGAAGGUUCUUCCGUUAUCCUGAGGACCAGAACCCAAUAUGGACUGCUGAAGGUUCUUCAGUUCUCCUGAGGACCAGAACCCAAUAUGGACUGCAGAAGGUUCUUCAGUUCUCCUGAGGACCAGAACCCAAUAUGGACUGCUGAAGGUUCUUCAGUUCUCCUGGGGACCAGAACCCAAUAUGGACUGCUGAAGGUUCUUCAGUUCUCCUGAGGACCAGAACCCAAUAUGGACUGCAGAAGGUUCUUCAGUUCUCCUGAGGACCAGAACCCAAUAUGGACUGCUGAAGAUUCUUCAGUUCUCCUGGGGACCAGAAGCCAAAACGGACUGCUGAAGGUUCUUCAGUUCUCCUGAGGACCAGAACACCAUAGGGACUGCUGAAGGUUCUUCAGUUCUCCUGAGGACCAGAACCCAAUAUGGACUGCUGAAGGUUCUUCAGUUCUCCUGAGGACCAGAACCCCAUAGGGACUGCUGAAGGUUCUUCAGUUAUCCUGAUGACCAGAAGCCAAUACGGACUGCUGAAGGUUCUUCAGUUCUCCUGAGGACCAGAACCCCAUAGGGACUGCUGAAGGUUCUUCAGUUCUCCUGAGGACCAGAACCCAAUAUGGACUGCUGAAGGUUCUUCAGUUAUCCUAAUGACCAGAACCCAAUACGGACUGCUGAAGGUUCUUCUGUUAUCCUAAUGACCAGAACCCAAUGUGGACUGCAGAAGGUUCUUCAGUUCUCCUGAGGACCAGAACCCAAUACGGACUGCUGAAGGUUCUUCAGUUCUCCUGAGGACCAUAGACUUAACCACAGACCUCUGCUUCUCAAAUGGCACCCUAUUCCCUAUAUAGUGCACUACAGUUGACAAGGGCCCAUUGAGCUCUGGUAAAUAGUAAUGUAGGGAAUAUUUGGGACACAGUCCAUAGUUUCACCACUAGGAGGCAGUGUUGAAAUGCCUAAAGGUGAAUGGGAGGGUCACUGUUGACUUGUUUUGGACUUCAGUCUUAUUGAUCGGAGCAAAAACAGUUUCGGUUCUGAAUUAAAAGUGCCAAUUAUUAUAAUUAUUUUGACUUUAUACCGAUUUUUAUGUGAGGUGUUUUAUACUUUUUCGUGUGGUUGGGUUUUAUACUGAGAUUUGAUGACUUGUUUUAAUGUUUGUUUUAAUAAAACAAACUGUGGAUGACACAGUUGAGGUCCCUAACUGAA